AUGGAGAAGAUAAAAGCGAAGCCAGCCUUUUCGCCUGGCUCUAGCAAACCGAAGGAAAACCAAAACGACAAGAUCCCGAGUCCGACACCAGUGUCGUUCCUGAUGAAGAUUCCAGAUGGCCCUCGCAAUCAUAUGAUUGCCAUGCUGGGCGAGUUUGCUGGAACAUUUUUGUUCUUAUUCUUCGCCUUCAGCGGCACUCAGGUAGCCAACACCCCGCAGACUACCGCUGGUAGUACGAGUACCGACUUGCCUCAAGGUCCAAAUCCUAUAGCGCUGCUCUACAUCAGCCUAUGCUUUGGCUUCUCCUUGGCUGCCAAUGCUUGGGUUUUCUUUCGAGUCUCUGGCGGCCUUUUCAAUCCUGCGGUCACCUUCGGCUUAUGUCUCAUCGGCGCGCUACCUCUCACCCGUGGUGCCUUGGUGUUUAUUUCCCAAAUGCUGGGAGCCAUCGCCUCGGCUGGUGUAGUCAAGGCUCUGUUUAACGGUCCUCUGGCCGUUACAACCUCUUUAGGCGGUGGGACAAGUUUGGCUCAGGGAGUGUUCAUUGAGAUGUUUCUCACAGCUCAGCUUGUGUUCACCAUCAUUAUGCUAGCGGCAGAAAAGCACAAAGGCACAUUCCUUGCCCCUAUUGGCAUUGGACUAUCACUUUUUAUUGCUGAGCUAUCAGGUGUUUAUUACACUGGCGGAUCACUCAAUCCAGCUCGCAGCUUUGGUCCGUGCGUGGCGAAUCGUCAUUUCCCAAGUGAACACUGGAUCUAUUGGGUUGGACCAUCAAUGGGCGCGGCACUUGCAUCGGGCUUUUUCUGGAUCAUCAAGAGCUGUGCAUACCAAAGCGCAAACUUCGGCCAGGAUUUCGACGACCUUGAGGCAAGCGCAUUCAAUCCCGAGGAGUCUCUCGCCCGCCCGGUGGUGAUGCCAACUUCAAUCCUUGAUCGACCCAUGUCUAGCGAUCGAGGGUCUCGGCCAUCCAGGGAUGACCCGGCCAGUUCAUUGCUCUCACAGCUUCAGUCCGGCGAUCGUACAAUGCUGCAGGAGGAUUCUCGAAUUUCUAGGGAAGGCCGGACUUCCAGUGCACAGCGUGGCACACAACCUGAUACCAGGAACGCAAACGUCACUGAACACAAUGCACGUUCGGACCUCAAUAAUGCCCACCACAAGACAACCGUCGACCCAUAG